AUGCUCCAGAAGGAGACCCUAAACGUCGACGACAUGAAUAAACUGCUAGGAUUUGGACCAACGGCGACCGUCGCCUAUCGGUCACUUCUGUACGCAAAAGACGAGCGAGCACUUUUGCUUUUCAUGCUGUGGCUGGACCUUCUCGGCCGAGGAGAUGUCCAGUGGUGGUGGCUUACUGACCGUGUCCGAAAUGAGCGCCCGGCUAUAUCCAGCAUGCUCAACUCCGCCUAUUAUCGAAGUACACCCACUGACUUCAUGUCUCAAUUCACGUUUUUCUCCUAUAUGCACUGGCGCAACCUAACCCUAAGUUUCCUAGAGAACGACCUCCAUUCCCUGUCUUCUUCGUGGAAAGUGAUUUGGAAGCUCAACGAAGGCUCCGAUUCGUACACCCAGGAAGAAGCGCAGACAGUGGAGGAAUUCCCUCUCGCCUGUGCAAGAUUCAAGUGUGGAACCCUCGAGUACUCCGGCAAUAAAGCUAUUUUCAAAGUCUACACGGAGAUCCCUUGUGAGGACACUGAAUGA